AUGGGAUCAAGAGAUGAUAAUCUUCCAGUCAUAGAUUUCUCAACUUUUGAUCUCAAACCAGGAACCCCUGAAUGGGAGUCCACGAGAUCACUGGUCUCGAAAGCAGCUGAAGAAUACGGCUGCUUUCAGGCUGUCGUCAGGAAAUUUCCUGACGGACUUCAACCAGCCAUCAACCGAUCGCUGGGUGAAGUUUUCGAGCUGCCUCUGGAGGCGAAGCGUAGAAACGUCUCCGAGAAGCCUUUCCACGGCUACUUUGCUUCAUCGAAUGUCAACCCACGGUUCGAGAGCUUGGGUGUUGAUCAUCCUGAAACCUUCUCCAGGAUCGAAAAGCUGACCAGCACCCUGUGGCCGGAAGGAAACACAAACUUCAGAAGCAAAACAUUGCAUUCCUUCUGCGAUGAAAUCUCGAAACUCGAUCGAUUGGUGAGGAGCAUGAUCCUAGAGAGCAUCGGAGUCGACAAGUACCUGGAACAGCAUAUAAGCUCAACUUACUACACCUUCAGGAUGAUGAGGUACGAAUCCCCUGAAACAAUUGACAGGACUAUCAGGAUGAAGCCUCACACCGACAAGAACAUCGUCUGCAUCUUCCACCAGAACGAUAUCGACGGGCUCGAAGUGCAGGCCAGAGAUGGAGGGCUGUGGCUCCCAGCGAAUUUCGCUCCUGAUUCGUCUUUCUAUGUUGUAAUCGGGGAAUCUUUUCGGGCAUGGACGAAUGGUCGAUUGCAUUCUCCGUUACAUCGAGUUGUGAUGACAGGAGGGGAUGAUCACAAGGCGAGGUGCUCUGCUGGAUUGUUCUCAGUUCCAAGGGAUGGGCACAUCGUGAAAGCUCCAGAGGAGUUGGUUGAUGAGAAUCGGCCUCUGUUGUUUAGGCCUUUUGAUUAUGCUGAGUACCUGAAGCUAAGGUGUGCUGAUGUGGACAAGGCAGUUGUGCCUUCUCUUAAGGAUUAUUUUGGUGUAUGA